AUGCUACAAUCUCCUUCCACAACUACGGCAGAUAAAAUUGCAAAGGAUAUCGUCAACGAUGGCCCACAAAGGAGUGAUGACGCUGUGCCAUUCUUCAUUCCGCCAACAUAUACGAUGAAAGACAUCUUCGAUGCGAUACCAGCACAUUGCUUUGAAAGAAAUACUUUCCUCUCCCUCUCAUAUAUCGUCCGAGAUUUCGUGUACAUAUUUAUUGCUGCCGGAUUGGCGACACAGAUAUCUCGUGCACCAACACAUGAACUUCGAGUUGCGGGAUGGAUAUUGUAUUCUUUCACACAGGGGCUUCUCUUUACGGGUGUUUGGGAACUGGCACAUGAAUCUGGACAUGGAGCUCUUUCUCCGUCGAAAAGAUUUAACAAUAUAGCUGGACUUAUUAUGCAUUCUUUCCUCCUUGUGCCUUACCACUCGUGGAGAUUUACUCACUCGCAGCAUCAUAAAGCAACCAACAACAUCGAACGAGAUAUUGCAUUCGUGCCGGAUACAAGAGAAGUUUGGAUGGAGAAGCGGGAAGGACGGACACCUGUCGCAAUCUUCACGUACUGGGAUUUGAUAGAAGAUAUGCCGAUUGUCAAUCUUCCGAUUCUUAUAGUCCAUCAAUUGAUUGCAUGGCCGGUUUACCUUCUCAUCAAUAACUUUGCUUUACCAAGAAUGGCAGCAGUGGACUGGUGGAAAAGAAGUCACUUCUACACUGGUGGGGAUGGACCAAAUUUCAAGCCUGCGAAUCGAGAUGAUGUGGUUUUGAGUGACAAGGGGAUAGCAAUUAUGGUACUUGCGCUAUGGGCGAGCGUCACGUACUUUGGAGGUCUGAAUACAUUCUUGUUCUAUGGGGCACCAUGGUUAUGGACGAACCAUUGGAUUCGUAAGUCAAUACCCCUCCUACUCGUCGUUGCCUUAUGAAAAACGCAAAAAACAAAAUCAAAACAGGGCUGCCAAAUCCUAGAAAGUUCCCAUGGAGAAAAAAGCAAUAAAGAAACCAAUAGAUAGACUCUCUCUCUACUUGUCUCAUUGCUCUGCCACUCUCCAGAACCAAGAAAAGAAAGAAAAAUCUCCUACCACGUUCUACCUCCUAAUGUCUGUCCUUCUGGCUUGUCAACAAGCCCAAAAUAUUAACCCAACCAAAACAACAGUAACAAUAACCUUCCUCCAACACACCGACCCCUCCAUUCCGUACUACCCAUCCACAACAUGGACCUUCCUCCGCGGAGCAGCUUCAACCGUCGACCGCGAUUUUGGAUGGAUAGGCCGCCAUUUUCUACACGGCGCAAUUGACUGUCAUGUCCUGCAUCACCACGCAUCAAGAAUCCCCUUCUAUCACGCAUUCGAAGCUUCGGAGGCGAUUAAGAAGGUCAUGGGGAGCCAUUAUAAAGCGAAUGAUACGAAUUAUAUGGGAGCUUUUUGGAAGAAUUAUAAUGGAUGUCGGUAUGUGGAGGAGAGGGAUGUGGGAAGUGAGAUUUACUUUUUUGCUGAUGGAAAGGGGGAAGCUGUCAUAUAACCAUUCUCUUUUCUAAUUACGCGUCUUGGUGUUACUAGUUUCUGGCAUGGGGAUCUUUAAGUGGAUGUUUUUAAUUAUUUUUUGUUGUGUUGCAUAGCGAUGGCGAGCAUGUAG